AUGGUUUCUAUUCAGCCAAUGAACAAAAAUAGAUGGAUAUCCCUUAGAUUGGCCAUGGCUGUGUUUAUUUUAGUUGCGGCAUGUUCACUGUUGUUUAUAGCUUGGAUUUGUGAAUCUGAUCGGCCUGCGGUACAGGAUUUAGUUAGUACUAUUGAUGGCGAUAAGAAUUGUAAACAGCUGAUUUUGCCAAAUGGAAUUCAAACCUUACUGAUUUCUGAUCCUGAUGCCUUAGUGGCUGGUGCUUCUCUAUCAGUUAAAGUAGGACACUAUGCAUCUCCUGAUGAAUAUCCGGGACUAGCUCACUUUCUGGAACACAUGCUGUUUAUGGGCACUAAGAAGUACCCACAAGAAAACUAUCUUCAUAAGUACAUCCAAGAUCGUGGUGGACACAUCGAGGCUUUUACAACCAUCUGGACCACUACGUACAGUUUUACAGUAGGUAGUGAAUACCUUAAUUCUACUCUGGAUGUCUUUAGUGGCAUCUUUAAGUAUCCCUUACUGAGUAAAUUAGCUAUGCAACGAGAACUGAAGGCCGUUGAUAAUGAAGAGAUUCUGGCUAAAUCUAAGGAGGCUAGACGAGCGAGUUAUAUGAUCAGAGAAUUCCAUUCCCCGACUUUACUUAAUCGGAAACGUCUGGCCGGUCGCUUUGAUCUUCUGCAAGAGGUUACACCGGCUGUGCUGCUUAAGUUUUGGUACUACUGGUACCGCCCAGAGUAUAUGUGUUUGGUUAUUACGGGCAAGGAAAGUCUGCUUGCCUUAGAGAAGUAUGCCUUGCGGUACUUCGGAGGAGUUAAAUCCCGAGGAGAUGUCUCUUGGCCAUUUCUAGGUACACCAGCUGAAGUGUGUUCUUCGCAACCACCAACAGCUGAUACAGAUACACCCAUGCACCAAUGUUUUGAUCCAAAAACAUCAAACAAAGUCGUAUUGUACCAGCCAUUCUCUCCCGAAGAAACUGACUCUACUCUCCACAUCAAUAUCCCUCUACCAACUACUCUUUAUUCCUACGAUGAUAAAUCAGCUACCUUUUUGGCCCGAGUGUUCAAAGAUCCAGUUAGCACAGUUAUUUCGUGUAUACCUCCCUGGCAAACCCGGCAGAGCAAUGUUCUUGUAUCUGUUGAUCAUGAACACAAUCUUCUUCGUCUUAUGUAUACCCAAGCACAAGGCUCUCCUGAUUCCGCUCUUAAAAGUAUCCCAAGACUCCUGGAUAGUUUAGAAGAUAUAAUCCAGCAACUCAAAACCCUUGAUCUUGAACCGCUGUAUGAUUGUUUUCAAACCUGGGAUGAAUUGCGCUUGGAACGACUAGAAUAUCCCUCUCUCAUGACAACACUUUAUUCAACUGCCACUGCCAUGCAUUUCAUGCCCUUUAAUGAAGCUCUUACUCAUCAGUACCGCUGGGGGAAGUACAACCCUGCCAAGUUGCAAGAAACUCUAGAGAUCGCUUCUAAACGGUCUAACUGGCUGGUCAUGCUGGAAACUCCCUAUCUUCUAGAAGAUGAAACUAUUCAGUACGAGGGAUACUACGGUAUCAAAUACUCUAUUUCAUCCUUACCUUCAAGUUCUGAUUCCGACGAAGUUCAAACUGCUCGAUCUGGGUUUGAGAUUCAGCCAUUGCUCUUUAAACCGGCUAACUUCACUAAGCUUCGCCAGGACCGGGAAAAGACCGCACUUGGUGUUGUUCUCUACAACAUUGUCCCAUGCACUAUUCCAGGCGAUCAAGACGUCCACUAUGUCAUCCAUCAAGAAGAAGGAUUCCAAGCAUAUCUCGUCCGCAAGAGAAGUCUCAAUUCCAAGCUCGCAUGCAUCAUUGUAGAUCUUAAACUAGAUGGCUUCCUUAAUGAUAUCAAAACUUUUGUUGCUUAUAUCGGCGCUGCUAUCUCUCAUAAAAAGCAACUACAACAACUAGCUAUAAUUGACGAUCUUAUCUCCAACCAAAUACCUACAAUCACUAUCACCUCCACCGGAGUUAGGUACACUUUCUACGGUAUUCCCCUCCUAAUCGAAAAUAUGUUGGAAUUCUUCUACAUUUCCUACGACCUCCAUACACCGGCCUACAUCCAACGCUUUGCCGAACACGCCCAAACUUACUUUACUGAACUCAAAACUCAAUCCCUCUACUCCUUCGCCAGACUUCAAUUAGAUAUCUCUAUGGAUGCUUUUGUUUUUGAUUUAGACGAGUGCAUUGCUACCGCCAGCCAACUUACUGCCCAAGAUUUCCCUGAUACCAUUCAAGCCGAUAUUUCUCUUUAUGCCUUCGGUAACUUAGAAGAAUUCGAAUUUCACCGCAUUAUCGCCGAUACAAAGAAGUACAUCAUUCCUACUAAAGUCCAACCACCCGAACCUCAAAACCAACUUCAAGUCGUUCAUAUUGAAGCCCCAGCCCCUUCCCAUACUCUAACCCGACUUAUCUACAUUACUCAUCAUGUCCACAACUUCACUCCUUACAAAAACCUCGCUAUAGCCGCUCUCCUCGCCCAAAUCUGCAGUUCACCGUACUUCGAUACCAUCCGCACCAAAAAGGCCCUUGGCUACUCUCUGUUACACGACUACCUUCUCAACAACAAGCAAGUCUUUCUUCUUUGGCGACUGCAAACUUCCGAGCCUUUCCCUAGCACCUAUGCAGCCAUCCAGCAGUUUAUCCAAAGCACACCCACUCUCCUCCAGCAACUUACUCCCGAACAGUACCAACUCCACCAGCAAUCCGCCAUUCUUUUCUACCAGAAAUUCCCUUCAUCCAUCCGUGGCUACGGUCUCAAACUAACCCAUCUUUGGACCAAUCUCGGGUUCGAUCCCAAUAUUCUCAGCAAUAUUCAAACCGAAAUAUCCCAAACAACUCUCCCAGAGCUCAUCGACUACGCCACCCAAUACCUCAACGAUCUCCUCACUAUCCAUAUCUCAACCGAUUAUACCGAAGUCCUAAUCCGUCAUAAAUAA